AUGUUAACAGACACUAAUGCUCCUUCACCUAGUUGUACUGAUUCCCAGAAUGAUGGACUUGCCAUGACACCUGACCUUAAUGCCUCUACUCCUCCCAGUGGUUCCCAGACUGAUUCCCAGUUCCAGCGGCUCAGAUCCCUCAAGAUAAACCUCAGCGAAAAACUUCCAAAUAUUCCAGCUUCUCGGGGAAUCCACCGGCGUCCUGGAAAGAUUGUGAUAUUUGAGCACCAUCAGUUCAGCGGUCAGUCCUUUGAGUUCUACAGGGAUCAACCUGAUUCCACACACAUCAAACUGUCCAGUGUCAUAUCUGUUAAAGUGGUCAGAGGAUGCUGGAUAUUAUAUGAGAAACCGGGAUUUGAGGGACGAUGCAUCCCUCUGGAAGAGGAAGGAGUUAUAGAACUGCCCAAUCAAUGGACAGAAGAGGGUGAAGAAACAUCUGCCCCUGUGGUCAUUGGCUCAAUUCGACUGGCUGUCAUAGACUACACUCCUCCCCGGAUAGAGCUGUUCACCGAGCCCGCUGGAAUGGGCAGAAGCUCUGAGUUUGUGGAUGAAACUGUGGAAGUGGGCAGUUUUAACCGUCCUCAGAGCACCGGCUCCAUCAAAGUCCACAGUGGCCUGUGGAUGGUUUACAGUGAUCCAGGUUUCCAGGGUCUGCUGGCGGUUCUGGAGGCCGAAGAGUAUCCGUUCCCGGAGGCCUGGGGUUUCCCGUCGCCCGUGGUCGGCUCUCUGAGACCUCUGAGAAUGGGCGCUCUGAAGGUCGAGAAGCCAAACGCAGUCAAGGCCGUGUUGUAUGAGAAGGCCGGUCUGGAGGGCCGAUGCAUGGAGGUUCAGGGAGACGUCUUCUCCUUCACCAGGACAGAAACAGACCCGAGCGACCCGGACGAUCACGGACUGAACUGUGUGGAAUCACUCAAGAUCCUCGGAGGCCUGUGGGUGGGAUACGAUGACGAAGGUUUCGAGGGGCAGCAGUUCGUUCUGGAGGAAGGAGAGUAUUUGGACUGGACAGACUGGGGCGGAACGGGGGAACAACUCCUCUCUCUACGGCCCGUUUUCAUGGAUUUCUCCUCCCCUCAUAUGAAGAUGUUUAGUGAGCCGGACUUCUCAGAGCGCGGCGUCUGCAUGGACCUCCUGGAGCCGAUGGAUAACGCCAUGAACACACGCUACGGCCCGCAGACGCGCUCCAUCGAGGUCCUGGCCGGAGUGUGGGUGGUGUUCGAGGGUCCCGGGUUCUCGGGUCAGCAGUAUGUUCUGGAGAAGGGUCUGUACGGAAGCCCGGAGGACUGGGGCUCCUCCCACAGCCGCGUCUGCUCGGCCGUCCCCGUGAUCCUGGAAAAUCUGGAAAGCUCCUGCCACUUCCAGAUGGAGUUAUUCUCUGAGUCUGGAUUCGGAGGAACAUCUGUCCUGCUGAAGGACUCGUUACCCACAAUCCCCAGCGGCUUCAGUGUGCGCUCCUGCAGGGUUCAUGCGGGCAGCUGGCAGGCGUUCAGCGGCGAGUGUUUCUCGGGUCAUCAGUGUGUUCUGGAGGAGGGUUUUUAUCCUGAUCUGAGGACGAUGGGUUUCUCUGAGCCGGACGCAUCAGUGCUGUCUCUGCAGCCCACGGGACUCGAGCUCUCGGUGCCGACGCUGCUGCUGUUCGAGCGAUCUGGACUCCGAGGACGGAGGACGCCGCUGAAGACGGCUUCGGUGAAUCUGCAGCUCACACACAGCUGCUCCAGAGUCUCUUCUGUGCUGGUGCUCGGCGGCAUCUGGGUUCUGUACGAGGAUCAUAACUUCAGAGGCUCUCAGAUCCUGCUGAAGCCCGGCGCCGUUCCUGAUUGGCCCAAACUCUCCUCCUGGCUGCGAAUCGGAUCGCUUCGGCCGCUCAUUCAGAAACAAGUGCAUUUCCGUCUGCGGAACAAAGAGGCGGGGCUUCUGAUGUCCGUCAUCGGAUUAUUGGACGACAUCAAACUGAUGCGUAUCCAGGUGAGCGAGGAAACGGGCGGAGCUGAACAGAUCUGGACCUAUCAGGACGGUCAGCUGCAGUGCAAGGCUCUGCUGGACGUGUGUGUGUGUGUGAGUUCUGGUGGCCUGAUGUCUGGCAGUAGAGUGGUUCUCUCCGCUGAAGCCGGAACACCGCAGCAGCUCUGGAGCGUCACGAGUGACGGGAUCAUCCGGAGCCACGCCAGACCGGAGCUUGUGCUGGAGGUCAAAGGGGGUCAGCAGUUUGACAAACACCAGAUUAUCGUGAACGAAUUCCACCCUGACAAACUGAAUCAGCGCUGGUCUCUGGAGCUCCUCUGAGCUGCGCCACAGGACCCACUGCUCUGCUGCGGAGCUGCGCCAGGGGGACCAGCGUCCUGUGAGGCAGCUGCACCAGGAGGACUCUCUUUCUCAUGAGAGCCAGUGGAUGGAAAAUGACCAUAAUCAGCUGGACGUUGUGUUAUUUUCUUAGAUGAACUCUCAGAUCGACAGGAAGAAAACACAUUCUUGAACAAUAAUAACUGUUUUCUUAUGUGUCAAGCGUAUAAACGUGCCUGUGUGGACACUGUAUUAAAGCACAAAGUGUUUAGAAAAUGUUUUUUAAAAAAGUUUGUUGUGUUCUAAUCAGUGAGACGUGAGAUCAGCUCUGUGCUGAUUGGCCCGUGGGGAUUGGCUGGCUGCUGAUUGGCUGUCAGGGGAUUCUGGUGUUUUAUGGUUCAGGAGCUCCAGACAGAAGCCUCUUCUCACAGUCAGCAUAAACCAGACCAGUGCUGAUCUGCAUUCGGCCACGAGUUAUGCACUGCUACAAAAAAACAGAUAAUAGUGGAGUGAAUUACAUGAGUUUUUUCUUGUAAUUCUGAGAAUUAUAAAUUGCUUUUUUAAAUCAAUAACUGAAUUUAUUACUGGACUGCACUGUAAAAACAACAUCCUUGUUUAACUUAAAAACUUAAUUCAUUACAACUCAUUUAUCC